AUGAGGCAGGACAGUGCUCCUUUCAUCAGUAAAGUUGUAGCCUCCUCGACCACUGAUUACACGACGACGCUGGUGGUCUGUAGACCCACUGAUAAAUCAUGGACCCGAAUUGACAAGGGCCUCAGCUUUGAAGAUAUAGAGUUCAUCAGUCGGGAGCUAUAUGCUGCAACCAACAACCCGUCGGAGUCUUUAAUAGUGUUUCAGUUUGACACAAAUAAUCAUGAUGAUCAUCAGCAGCAGCAGCAGCAAAUCCAAUACAGGGCCGAAAGGUUGGUUGUACUUGACGACUCCUGGCCAGAUUGUGUGAGGUUCGAGCAUAUAUUUAGGAUAAACAAGCGUCGUCUUUUCCUUGCAAAAGAUUUCUCUACAUCAACGGAGUUGCUUAUGAUUACUUUUCCAGACAAUUUUCUAGAGGAGAAGCUGUUUCUAUGUCCACAUGAUUAUGCUGAAGAAUUUCAAGUUUUCAAGCUGGAGUUCAAUAAUAAUGCUGCUGCUAAUAAUGGUGUUCCUCCACCUCCUCCUCCUCGAUGGGUAGAGAUUGUCGGAUAUUGUUUCUAUUCCAAAAAUGCAUGGAAUUCAGUGAUGCCAUCAACGUUGACACUAAUGAUCUGCUUGAUAUGGAUCUAA